AUGUGCCACCCUUCUCAGGAGCUUGUCGGUCUCAAGUUAAUACACACACCCCAAUUGGCCAAUGAUGCCCGAGAAUGCUCAAAUACUUGGCAAUAUGAUGCACGCCGUCGCUUCUCCGGCUGUCCGACUUACGAAUGUCGAACGUCAAGUCAGUCAAUUGCAUCUUGUCUGUCAGGGAAAUCCCGUCGUCAGUGA